GCUCAAUACGAACUAUAAAGCCCCGUUCUGACAGGAGUUAAAUCAUGAACAGUUUUGUUGCUAUAACUUAUUUUCGUCGGCCUAUUAUUUGCGUGAGAUUUAUUUGGGCAGAGUGAUAGCGUGAGAAAGCGCAGCAUGAGUUGUCAACCUGACAUUUAGAAGCUGUUUGCGACUGGUUCACUCCAACUCCCUCUGGAGUCAAAGCAGAACAUUUGGAAACGUUUGGUCUCCAACCUUGAUGUCAUACAAAUAGUUAAACCGUUCCUGUCGAGUGUCGACAUUUAGAGGAAAUCACGUGGUAUGGUCGUCUUUGAUACGAAGCACACAAACAAGAGUGUAACACUUUUACUCUGGAUUGAAGUGAUCUCAUGCCAUUUUCACCUGUGUGAAGUUUGAACUCCAUCACUUCUCUCCGCCCAGGACUUCAGGAUGUCUCUGACAAUAUCUCAAGGUGACGGUAUGACCGUUAUCUCUGUCACCACAAACCCAAAGAGCAAAUGGCCACUUCUGUGUCAGAUUUUGGGUACCUUGUGCUACAGUCCAGUGUGUUCUGUAGCUCAGAAGCCAAAAGGAAAUCUGACAAAUACUCUGACAACUCUUGGGGUUGUACAGAUGAUAGUGGGAGUCAUCAAUAUUGUGUUGGGGAUUCUACUUACAAUAUUGAGAGUAUAUAGUGUAAUUAUGGACUGUCAAGCACCCUUUUGGCUUGGUGGUAUGUUUCUUGCAGUUGGAAUCAUGUGUAUUCUUGCUGCUAAGUUUCCCAGUCCUUGUCUCCUGGUCAUCACAGUGAUUUUAAACAUUGUAAGUGCUGGUCUGGCGAUCGCCGCUGUUGUGCUUUAUUCAGUGGACAUGGCAGUGGGCAGCUAUCAGUGGUGUAAUGACUAUUACAGUGCAACACCCUCUCCUGAACAGAGAAGGAACACAGAAAUCUGUCAGUACUACAAGCAUCACAAUCAGAUGAUUCUCGGAGGUCUGGAUAUCAUGAUGAUAGUUCUGGCAGUUCUUCAGCUCUGUGUAACUAUCAGUUUCUGUGUUCUGACUCUGAAAGCUUUGUGCAAGAAGAGUGGGGCUGCAAAGUCUGUGGAGGACCCACAACCUUACAAGCCGCUCCUGGAAGAUGCCGCUGCCAAUCCUGCAUGUUAGAGAGACACAAUGAGCAUGGAAAAGAAAGCGAUGUAUUGCAACACAAUAAUCAAUUUACAUGUUUAUUCUUGUGGGAUAAGUUGCAGUUGCAGUGGCCCUUUUUCUUUUAUAUAACACCUAUGUAGAAAAAAAUGAAAUAUUCAGUAAAAGAGUAGAUCAAUGCUCUCACUUUUCACAGCUGACCUUAAAUGUAAAUGAAGGUAGUUUUUUGCUUGUGACAACUUUAUUUUCUAUAUACUGUAGUUCUAUAUAUAUUUACUAUUAAGCGUGCCUUAAUGUAUCCUGGUGUGGUAUAAAUAUCUAUUCAAAAAUCAAGCUUUCAUCCUUUACAACAUGUAAAGAUUGAUUUUCUGCGGUUACAUCAUCGUUCCUCUAGGUGGGGCUAAGAUCCUCAAAUAUUGUUGCCAUUGAGAAAGCAAAACAGAGCCACCAGUCAGGUGGCAGAAUUUUUUUUCAUUCCACCAUGACAUACAUGGGUUAAAUUUAAAUUGAGAUGUAACGGAUUAGCUAUCAGUUGUUCUUUAUGAUUAAAUUUAUUUGACCAUAAAUAUGUAAGGAAUAAGUUACUGACAGCUCCUCAUCUCUCAAGCCUCAGCGUGAAGCACUUAUUUCUAUGUUAUCCUUAUUACAGACAUGCUUACCAAACAAAUAGAUUGAGAAUAAAUUACAUUGAUGUGAAAUCAUUUUACAUGACAGGGAAUUGUAUAGGAAUUGUAUAGGAUGUGUGCAAUUGAACAAUUUUGGAACCAUUAAAGAAAAAACGGUAACACUUUAAAAUAAUGGUCCGUUGUUAACAAGUACUAUGCAGAAAGUAAUAGGUAGUACUACAUUAACACUUCUAUGGAUAGGCUAUAUAUGUAGAAUAUAUCCAUUCAUGUUUUGGUAUUAGGCUUUUGGUAUUUGUAUUUAUUCAUAAAUUUGUUUCCACAAACAACCUAUUUUUUCACUUUAUGUACGUUAAUGUUGAGAUUAGUAAUUAAUUGUUUUUUCUUUAUUAAUUGGUAAUAGUUCGCAAGUAGUUGUCAAUGAUGGCAUUUUUCUUUAGUAAUUAUCAAAUACCAAAUAAGGAACUACCUUUGUCCUAAAUAUUACUUAUUGCUUAGUUAAUCUUGCUUCUAUAUUAGUUAAUAGUAUUAAGGUAAGUAUUAAUGUAGUACUACCUAUUACUUUCUGCAUAGUUACUUGUUAACAACGGACCAUUAUUUUAAAGUGUUACCGAAAAAACAUUUGACAGCAUGUUGCGACAGCAAGGACCAAUCAGAACCAAGUAUUCCGGAGAGCCAUGUAAUGCAUAUAAACUGUAUGGUAGUCAAGACAGUUGAUGAUAAUCUCAAAAUGAAGUCUGUACAACAUACUAGUUUAAUGAUUGACAAGUCAGGAUUAAACAGCAUGAAAAUCAAGUUGUUGGGCAUGUUAAUACAUAUUACAGCAACACACCUCCCAACUGAUAUGCAUCAAUGUGUUUUGUUAGUAAUUCAGAUGUCUUUACAGAUGUCAAGGUAGCUUUUUCAGCACAGCAUGGUUAUGCUUCAGUAAAAUUAUGAUGAUUUUUGUUCCUCGCAUAUCUCUUAAAAACAGCAGUCAGCGCUUCAGGAUCCAGUACUUUCAUAUAGUAAAUGCAGAGUGUACUACAGGCGAAAAUCCAGGUUAAAUCCACAUAAAAAUAACUUUUCUGUUGUAUUGCUUUAAAGUGAAUCUUUCUCUGCUGCAUUUGAAAUCUGAAAUAAUAAAGCAUCUUUUUUAUUUUCA